GCGGCCUGGGGAGGCGGCGGCCUGGCCUGGCCUGUCAGGGCGCGGGCGGCGGCGGUCCAGCACCAUGUCCCUGCAGUACGGGGCGGAGGAGACGCCCCUCGCCGGUAGUUACGGCGCGGCGGAUUCGUUCCCAAAGGACUUCGGCUACGGCGUGGAGGAGGAAGAAGAGGAGGCGGCGGCGGCGGGCGGCGGGGUUGGGGCGGGGGCCGGCGGCGGCUGUGGCCCGGGGGGCGCUGACAGCUCCAAGCCGAGGAUUCUGCUCAUGGGGCUGCGGCGCAGCGGCAAGUCCUCCAUCCAGAAGGUGGUGUUCCAUAAGAUGUCACCCAAUGAGACCCUCUUUUUGGAAAGUACCAACAAGAUUUAUAAAGACGACAUUUCCAAUAGCUCCUUUGUGAAUUUCCAGAUUUGGGAUUUUCCUGGGCAGAUGGACUUUUUUGACCCAACCUUUGACUACGAGAUGAUCUUCAGGGGAACAGGAGCAUUGAUAUAUGUCAUUGAUGCACAGGAUGACUACAUGGAGGCUUUAACAAGACUUCACAUUACUGUUUCUAAAGCCUACAAAGUUAACCCAGACAUGAAUUUUGAGGUUUUUAUUCACAAAGUUGAUGGUCUGUCUGAUGAUCACAAAAUAGAAACACAGAGGGACAUUCAUCAGAGGGCCAAUGAUGACCUUGCAGAUGCUGGGCUAGAAAAACUCCAUCUUAGCUUUUAUUUGACUAGUAUCUAUGACCACUCAAUAUUUGAAGCCUUUAGUAAGGUGGUGCAGAAACUCAUUCCACAACUGCCAACCUUGGAAAACCUAUUAAAUAUCUUUAUAUCAAAUUCAGGUAUUGAAAAAGCUUUUCUCUUUGAUGUUGUCAGCAAAAUCUACAUUGCAACAGACAGUUCCCCCGUGGAUAUGCAGUCUUAUGAACUUUGCUGUGACAUGAUUGAUGUUGUAAUUGAUGUGUCUUGUAUAUAUGGGUUAAAGGAAGAUGGAAGUGGAAGUGCUUAUGACAAAGAAUCUAUGGCAAUUAUCAAGCUGAAUAAUACAACUGUCCUUUAUUUAAAGGAGGUGACUAAAUUUUUGGCACUGGUCUGCAUUCUUAGGGAAGAGAGCUUUGAACGAAAAGGUUUAAUAGACUACAACUUCCACUGUUUCCGAAAAGCUAUUCAUGAGGUUUUUGAGGUGGGUGUGACUUCUCAUAGGAGCUGUAGUCACCAGACCAGUGCCCCUAGCCUGAAAGCAUUGGCACACAAUGGCACGCCACGAAAUGCCAUCUAGUCUGAAUUACAGCAUCAGGGCUCGAUGCCAGCUUACUCUUCACUCGAGGGUCAGAUGCCACGUGCUGCAGGACAUGGGAGCUGCUGCUUGUGGGAAUCUGGUGCCUGUUCCACUAGAGACGAGGGGUAGAGUUUCUCAUUUGGAUGAAAACCCCUUCAACCAGCGGUAUACAACUGAAGUUACUAUUUCUUUUUUUAAAAAUGGCAAAAAAAGGAAUUCUAGACACCACAGAACUCAAGUGUGUCUUUCUCUUCUUUUGGGUCCUACUCUAAAUAGUUGGGAUAUUUUGGACCUGGAGAUCACACCAUUUAUUCAUCAUACCAGGGAAUGUUGCCAUCAAUUCCAGCUGAAAAUAAUAGAAAAAAACUGAAUUUUUAUAUGCUUCCUUUAGGCUUUUGUUUGAGUAGUCUCUAAAACCCUGCUUUGCUUAAGUUCUAACACUGCCUCUCCGAUCUCAGUUUUGGACAUUGCACCUCUAAGACCUUUGAAAUGCACUCGCUUGCUAACUCAGAGGACGCCUCGUCUGAUCGCAGCAAAAGACAUUCCUGUGAUUGUUAUUGAAGAAAUGAGAGAAAAUUUUGUGCUGCAUCAGGUGGAGAGCAAGGCUCAACAGUGGCUGCACCCAUUCCCUUGGAAGUAUUGAGGAAAAAACUUUGAAGCGGAAGAAAAUUUUUACACCUGUGUGUUGAAUACCAGAUAUAUGAGUUUUUUCCUCCUGCGUUUGAUAAAUGAUCAUGCUAAAUGUAACAAAGGAGUUUAAUUUUUUCCCAACAAUCCCCUUCUAGGGGAGAAACUCAUUAUGUCACUGAAAUAUUUAGUCCACUUUUCUUUAAUCUUGAUAUCAGCCUCCCCAUACCUUUUAUUCUAAGCUAUCUAGAUUCUUUAAGAAUUGAUGUUUGUUGACCACGAAUGACUCUAAGGCACUAGUGAACUCCACUGGAUGUUGGAGAGAGCAUGCUGUGCCACAUGUGUUGUUUAACAUACCUUGUCUCCAGUAUUCUGACACCAAGUGUCAACUGUGGUACUUACUUCACCUGGGAUAUUAAUUUGUAAUUGUUUCUUUUUGUCAGUGGUUGAUACCCUUUCUGUUGACUUAAAUUUACACAUUAUUUUUACUCCACAUGCCUGGUAGUCAUAUGUCCCAAAGCCACUGGACCACUUGAGUACUUAAGUGCCACUGUUUAAUGGAAUAUAUAUAUUCAGGUCUGUAAACCUAACAGUGUGACUUGGAGUGCUUCCUUCAGGUGAUUUUGACUGUUGAGUAUUUACAUGGACCAUGGUGAUAUCCAAAAGAAAAUGCUUUUAUAUUUAUAGAUUAUUUCAUUGAACUAUAUAUAAAAUGGGUAUCAAUAAAUGUAUUUACUCCAAAAUCAGUUUUUCUACUUGCCUAAGGUAUGAGAGGGUGGGGUGAUGGAACCUUGGGUUGUCCCACUCUGUCCUCUUCCCAUCCAUCAUCCAUUUUCUUUUCUUGUCUGCCUUAUUUGGUUAAUGUUUCAGGACUUAGAGUUCUAUCUUGAUAUGGGAAUUGUGUGCAGACAUCUUCCCUGGCCCAUUUCUCCUGUGGGAUAGGAGGUAUAGACUCAGAUGCAAUGUGUUUUGGUUGGAAGUUGGACAUCAGUAAACGUUACUAGUGGGGAAUGUCCAAGGUCUGGCAUGACUGAUACAUUGUAUCCAAGCUAAGGAAUCAGAGAUGAGUGACAUAGAAUACUGUUAGCUGGAAUUGGUACCAUCUUCCUUUCUUUUUUUCCCCCCCAAGUUCUCGAGAUACUCAUUAUUGACUCUUAAGUGUCUUAAGCCAUUUAUCUGCAUACACGCAGAGCUUAACACAGGGGUUAAGCUGAUGAGAGAAAAGUAUACGUUAGUUUAUCAACAGGAUGGAGAUAGAGGUUGAAAGAUCUUUACUCUCGUAUUUGGAAUACUUAAGAAGUUAGUUUUAAAACUAAAAUGGAAAUCAAAACAGUUUGCAAAAAACCUCUUACAAUACUGUCUAAUCCUGUGUCAUUUUUUUAGGUGAUAGAAACUGAGGCCCAGAGGGGUAAAGAGCCUUGUUGAGGGUUAUAAAUAAAUGAUUAUAUAAUUUAAACCCCAAACCAAGACACUGUUGAAAGAGGAAGAGAGACUGUUCAUAAUUAUGUCUGAGCAAUGGGUGUAAACUGGCUCUUUCCCAGGUAAACCAAGGGUGGCCAAACUAGUCACAGAUGUAGUUAGUGGCAAAGUAGGGCUUGUACUCCAGAAUUGGCAGCCCCACACUGCCUAUCUUUACCUCCUUCCUCAGACCCUUGUUGAUUAAAUAGAGAUACUACUUCAAGAUGUAUAUGGUACAGCUCUGUGUGGUGGUGUAUGCUGGUAGUUCCAGCUACUCAGGAGGCUUGGGGCCAGCCUGGGCUAUACAGACCCUCUCUGUAAAAAAAAAUUGUAUUGCAUAGAUGCCCCUUAAAUAUUGCUUUUAGCUAUGACUACUGAAAAAUUUAAAUUCAGGGAGCAAUUAAAGAAAAUAGUGAAAUAGAAUUUAAUUGAAUGUGAAACGCAGAAUAAUAUAAAAAUGUUAAAGGGGGUUUAGGUGAAAUGUUUUGCAUCCCGGUGGACGUUAUUAUUUCACAGGAAAGGCAGUGAGUGAGUAGCUCCUCCAGCUUUUCAGUUUGGCUGUGUCCAUUUACUAAGCAUUUGGCCUCUAGGUGGCGGUGUUGUAUUACAUAAACACAUGGCUAGCUUUCUGACUUCUGUUCUGAAAGUUGAUUUUUGACCAACCCAAGUAGAGAUUUAAAGAAUUUCUGAAUUUAUUUCCCCUAAGAUAAUAUUCAGGACUGAUAUGAGUCAUUAUAUUGGAAAUGGAGCAAUUUGCAACAUUUUUAAAGAAAAGACUGGAUAGGAACAGCCAACAAUAAAAAAUUAAAAAAAAAAAAAAAAGACUGGAUAGGGACGAAGAUCAUAACAUCAUUUGCUUUAUGAAUUAUGAGUUAGAGGCUUUAGGAAGAUAGCUCUAUAUGCAUUCCUAUAAUAGGCAGAACUUCUUGCUCCUUCAGCCAUCUGUUGUAGAUAUGUGUGUCCUUAAAGACUUCCAUGGAAGGAAAUGCAACAUAUCUGAAUUAAAAUACAUCUUUCAUCAUUUUCCUUUGCCUUAAAUGAGGUUUGUUGAAAUUAUUUCACAUGUGGGUUUGAGAGAGGGUAUUACAAAAAAAAAAAAAAAAGCUGCAUCACAUUACCUUUUCAUGGGCACUUGUUUUUCUUUUAGAACCUCAUCUCUGUAACCCCCAGCUAUGACUUUGUUCUGCAGAGAUAAAUUUUAAUGUAAAAGUUAUUGGAUUCAUGGAUGCAUGUUCAUAUCUGUUUGAAAUAUUGCAAAUAGUUACAAUGAGGAACUGAAUGGCAGGAAAUCAGCCCCUCCCCAACUUCAGUGAGCCAUUUUUACCAAAUGUGCUGCCCUCAAGGUGUUGCAAUUUCCACCUGAAGAUUCUUAGACUUUAAAAUGCACCUUCUAAACUGAGUGAUCAAAUAUCAGAAGGAAUGUGGGAGAUGAUUAAUUUGGUUCAUUACACCAUAACCUGCAGAGCUUGGAUUAUACAAAUGGAAUAUUAAUCUUAUGCAGUGUUCUUUUUGUUUUUCUUUUAAAAGGAGGUGCUGUUACACAGUUUUAGUAAAUUGUGCAUAUCUUGUCGUUUCUUUUGAUGUCCUCUCCUGUCUUUAUUCAGAUUAGCAGAGUAUACUGAGAAUUCCAGUGCUGCUUUUUUUGUGUUGCAGUUAAUGAGUCAGCUAGGAAGGGAAUGUUAGUUUUUUUUAAAUUAUUUUGUAUUUGUACACAAAAACAUAAGUGUGUAUGUUACGGGGGUACCAUGUAAUGUUUGACACAUGUAUACACCACAUAAUGUUUAAAUCAGAUUAAACAUGUUUUUCUCCUCAAACAUUUACUAUUUCUUGGUGGUGAAACUUUCAAAUUCUCCUAGCUUUUUGGAAUGUACAAUGCAUAAUUGUUAUCUGUAGUCUCUAUGUUAUGCAGUGGCACACCAGAUCGUCUUGCUCCUAAGCACCCAUUGGUCAACCUUUCUCAUCUGUGCCUGGGAAUGUUGUUUAUUUGAGCAGACCAGGCCUAUAUUAUUCCAAAAAAGCAGUACUGGAAUUCUCUGUGUUGACUUUGUUCCAGCAAAGGCACUGGCUUUACAACUUUGGAAGAUGGACUUAGAGGUAUUCUAUAGCCCUACAAACCAUUUUUAUGGUACUUGUCUUGACAUUGGAAAUGGAGCUGUUGAUCAUUUCCAUGUGUGGAGAUUGUUUUUGUGCUGCAGUGUAGUCCUCACUGGUUAGAUGUUUAAGACUGAGGCUCUUGGGCUCUUUCUUUA